UCGACCAGAUUUUGGUCUUAGGCGCAUAGGAAAAAGUCGGCCCGUUUAAUCGUUACAUUUUUUCCCCCAAAAAGUCGUUAGUUCUGCUGGAAACCUACUUCUAACUAAAGAUAGUGGUCACACGUUCGAAUCGCAGAAUAUACAAUUUUAAACCAAAAUCUCAGCGCCGGCGUGGGAGCUGGGACAAUGGAUACGGUGGAGGAGAUACGACGGAUGAGUGGUUACGGCGGAGAUGUGAUAGUAGUCGGUGGGUUUCCGGCUUCGGAGUCGGAAUCGGAAUCUGAAUCCGAUUUGGCGGCGGCGGAGAUUAUGGUUAUAUGGGCUAUUCAAGGGCCAACUUCUUUUGCUCCAAACGCUCUCGUCGCUCAGUCUUCUCUAGAGCUGCGUCUCGAUGCUUGUGGCCACUCACUCUCUAUUCUCCAGUCUCCUUGUUCAAUGAACACGCCUGGAGUAACCGGGUCAGUGAUGUGGGACAGUGGAGUGGUGCUAGGGAAGUUCUUGGAACAUUCUGUUGACUCUAAGGUUCUUUCUCUUGAAGGCAAGAAGAUAGUCGAGUUGGGUUCUGGUUGUGGCUUAGUUGGUUGUAUCGCAGCACUUUUGGGAGGCAAUGUUGUCCUCACUGAUCUUCCAGAUAGACUAAGGCUACUCAACAAGAACGUCCAAACCAAUUUGCAUCGUGGGAACACGCGGGGAUCUGCUGUUGUGCAGGAACUUGUUUGGGGAGAUGACCCUGAUCCAGAUUUGAUUGAACCAUUUCCUGAUUAUGUAUUAGGCUCAGAUGUUAUCUACAGUGAAGAAGCUGUUCACCAUUUGGUAACAACGCUUCUGCAACUUUGCGGGGAUCAAACUACAAUCUUCCUAUCAGGAGAAUUACGGAAUGAUGCUGUUCUUGAAUAUUUCUUAGAAUCCGCGCUGAAAUAUUUUGCGAUUGGGCGUGUGGAACAAGCACAAUGGCAUCCGGAUUAUCACAGCCGUAGAGUCGUGCUAUAUGUUCUUGAGAAGAAGUCGAAGAGAUGCCUCACUGAUGGUUCUUCCCUUAAUCAAUCUUGUUAGCCAUUUUAGGUUAUUGUGAACGAAGAAAAUAGGAAGAUAAAGCUUUAUACGAACGAAGAGGCAAAAAUAUUAAAGAAGGGAGAAUCAAAACGUGCUCAUUGAUUGAGGUGGAGGAUAGUUGGAGGAUAGGAACCUUUGGAUAAUGAAAUGGAUGGAACUAAAAGCGUGAAAGACGUACGCGUCUCAAACAGUAUUAGUCAAUCAGCAGCAUUAUAUUGAUU